UGAGAUUCCCAAAGUCAACAGAAAAAUCGAUGGGUCGUGGAGCCCGAGCGGCGGCUGCGCAGUCCUGCGGGGGGAAGGCGUCGGGGGCAUCGGUCGGGGGCGCCAGCGCCUCAGCUGGACGCAAGGCCAGAGCUGCGCUCGGUUGGUGGUCAGCCCGCGGCGAUGGCCUCCCAGGCCUCAGCUCUUGCUGAGGCUCCACCCAUGGCCUCUCUGGAAGCCCACGAGACUGAAGCAGCUCCAGCCAAAGAGGACCAACUGGACUCGAGGGCGAAGGAGACAGGGUACCCAGGCCUACCACAGUGGCAGUCCUGGCUGGGACACCAUUGGUCCCUGCUGCUGCGGCGGGACCAGCAGGCACAGAAGGCCGGGCAGCUCUUCUCGGGGCUCCUUGCUCUCAAUGUGGUGUUCCUAGGUGGAGCCUUCAUUGGCAGCAUGAUCUUCAACAAUGUGUCCAUCACCCUGGGCGAUGUGUGGAUCCUGCUGGCUGCCCUGAAGAUGCUGUCCCUCCUCUGGCUCCUGUACUACACAGUGGGCACUGCACGGCAGCCCCACGCCGUGCUCCAUCGCGACCCUCACGCGGGACCUGUCUGGGUUCGGGGCUCCCUGGUGCUCUUUGGCAGCUGCACCAUCUGCCUCAACGUCUUCCGCAUCGGCUAUGACGUGAGCCACAGCCACUGCAAGUCACAGCUGGAGCUUGUCUUCCCGGCCAUCGAGAUCAUCUUCAUUGGCUUCCAGACCUGGAUGCUCUGGAAGCAUUGUAAGGACUGUGUUCAAGUCCAGACCAACCUCACUAGGUGUGGCUUGAUGCUUACCCUGGCCACAAACCUGCUGCUGUGGGUUUUGGCUGUGACAAACGACUCCAUGCACCAUGAGAUCGAGUCUGAGCUCAACGCCAUCAUGGAGAAGUUCUCAGGCAACAGGACCAACACCUGCCUGUGCCUCAACGCCACGGCAUGCGAGGUCUUCCGGAAGGGCUACCUGAUGCUCUAUCCCUUCAGCACCGAGUACUGCCUCACCUGCUGUGCUGUGCUCUUCGUCAUGUGGAAGAACGUGGGCCGCCGCCUGGCCGCCCACGCUGGCGUGCACCCCAGCUCCCCACCCUUCCGCCUGCAUGGGGCCAUCUUUGGGCCACUGCUGGGCCUGCUGGUGCUGGUGGCAGGUGUGUGCGUCUUUGUGCUCUUCCAGAUCGAGGCAAGCGGCCCCAACAUUGCCCGGCAGUACUUUACCCUCUACUAUGCCUUCUAUGUGGCUGUGCUGCCAGCCAUGAGCCUGGCGUGCCUGAUGGGCACGGCUAUCCACGGGCUGGAGAAGCGUGAGCUGGACACACUCAAAAACCCUACCCGCAGCCUGGAUGUGGUGCUGCUCAUGGGUGCUGCGCUCGGCCAGAUGGGCAUCGCCUACUUCUCCCUCGUGUCCAUUGUGGCUACUCACCCCAGUGAGCUGCUCAACCAGCUCCUCCUGGCCUACUCCCUGCUGCUCAUCCUGCAGCACAUCAGCCAGAACCUCUUCAUCAUCGAGGGCCUGCACCGCCGCCCACUGUGGGAGGAGGCUCCCUGGGCCCCUGCGGCAGCGGAGAAGCCAGAGGCCCAGCACCCCCGCAGGAGCUCCCUGCUGGAGCUGGGCCAGGACCUGCGAAGGGCCUCACUGGCCUACAUCCACUCCUACAGCCACCUCAACUGGAAGCGGCGCAUCCUCAAGGAAAUCUUACUCUUCCUCAUCCUCUGCAACAUCACACUAUGGAUGAUGCCUGCAUUCGGCAUCCACCCCGAGUUUGAAAAUGGCCUGGAGAAGGAAUUCUACGGCUACCGAACAUGGUUCACCAUUGUCAACUUUGGCCUGCCUCUGGGGGUCUUCUACCGCAUGCACUCUGUCGGGGGGCUGGUAGAGGUCUACUUGGGGGCCUGAGCUUUCCAAGAAACCCACUCUCAGUAGAACCCCAAAGAGCCAAGGCAGGGGAGAUUGUAGCAGAUGGCUCAUUCCAAGAGGUGCUGGGACCCCAAAGCCGCCCCCUUCCUGAGAGAGAAGGACACUGCUAAUAGCCCAAGACCAGGGCCAGGGCCUAGGUAGAGCUUUGGAUGCCCACUCCCAGGCCCGAGCACAUGCCUGCCUCCUGCCUUACCACCACAAUGCAUUCAGCAUAGGCAGCACCUUGGAAAGCCCCCGCCCCACUACUCUCAGGGAUGGUAUCAGACAUAAAUGAUGAAAUCCAGGGGUGCAGGAGGGGGCACACCUCCCGAGCCAGGCCUCAGGGCCUGCCUUCUCCUAUGAGGGCCACGUAGUCUGAGUUUGGCCCAGAACAUCCAGGGAGAUCAGAGUUGGAAGCUCUGUAGGCAACCCUGCCCCGCCCUCCCCACACACCCAGUCUUCUAAUGAGCUCAUUAAUUAGCUGCCAGGCGGGGCUCAACAGCUCUCUCCUGCUACCAUAAACACUGUUUGUUUGAUCGAUUGCA